UUGGAGAUAAUCUUAUAAUAUAAAUUACGUUAGAACUUAAUGAGAGUUAUCUUUUUAGUCAGUUUGAUUCUCCUGAUUUCAACAGUCAGUGCCGGAUCUGUUAGUAACUACCUCAAGGUUAAUGGGAAUGAUAAGAUUAUGGCACUCAAGGCAGAUCAAGGCUUUUGGGACUUCCAUCUUGGCUUUAUCCUUGGAUGGCAAACCCAGCAAAGUAGACCAGGGCAGUGCUAUAACGAUAAUUUAGCUUUUGUGAGCUCUCUCAGUGAUACUUGGGUGACUUUCCAAAGGGCUUAUCGUCCAGAUACCUGGUUCAACUUCUUGGACCGAAUCAGAAUCAAUAUAGACAGUCUAUCCAAGGGUCUCCAGAGUUGUCAGAUGCACUCAAUUUUAACAAAAAUGGAAAGAAUUGUGACUACCGAAGGCCUUCUCGAAGUUUCUGCAAGGCUAAUCUCUCAGAUUGUAAUGCUCCAAAAUAAUAUCGCUAACUUUAUGAACUACGUCAACGCCGGCGAAUUAAGAUCUGCUGGUACCGAAAUGGGGAAAUUCUUUUCCGCUGUUGUUGGCGUCACUGUAAACUAAAUGGAACAGAUGAGUUUUAAUUAAAACUUUGCUCAACCCUGGUGAAUUUAAAAGGGGUUUUGG